CGGGAAAGCGCGCAGCACACACACAAAGCAACAGCCAGCAGCCAGCCAACAGCCAAGAUGCCACCGACAACAACUGGAGCGGUGGCGCAGGAGAGGGGGCCAAAGGUGUCCGUCGUGCUUGGCAAAGGACGGACAGAGAGCAUCAGGGAGGCGGUGGCAUGUUUGCAGAGUGGACUGCCAAAUGCAGUGGAUCGCGCCUUCAAAAUCCUUCACACCGUCUCCUACGCCGGCAUCAACGUCGAUCAGGUGGGCCAUGUGGUGGACCUGUUGUUGGCGCAAGUGGAGUUUUUCACAACCUCCGAUGAAGUGGCGCGCUUGCUGGAAGCUGGAACCGACGAUGAGACCGCAGAGGAUCUGUGUAACCCGGGAAAGGACCACCCAAACCUGCGGUUCUUCAACCCUUACGCCACCGCCGAUGCAACAACUGCCCGCGUGGAUGACCUCGAGCUCAAGGCGCUGCGCCUGGUUCAAGUCUUGAACAUCCUCCGCAACGUCGCCCUCACACGGGCAUCCGAGGUUUUGGCCACUCAUCCGGCCGUCAUAACCCUGAUUGCGCGCUGUGUGGUUGCUGGGCGCGCAGCCAAGUUCAUCACGCCCGUGCGGCUGACGCUGCUGCACAUGGUGUGGAAGCACCGUAUCUUCCUGCAGGAGUGCGCCCUCGACGUCCUCGCCGCUCUUGCCGCCCAAAUUGAGCUGUCAAAUAAGAGUGUGGAGCACAAGUGCCUGUGGGAUGUGCUGCUGAAGCUCGUUCGUUCGUCAGACCGCAACCUCCUCGUCAGUGCCAUCACCACCCUUUCCAAGUUCAACUCCGCCCGGGAAAACCUCCCCUGGAUUCGCACCAUCGAUAUGGAGGUGAUGGCGGUGGCGCAGCAGUACCUGUUGUUGCACGAUGCGCAGGUGCUGCUUGUUGUGCUUGAGUUCUUCUACCAGAUGACGCUCCACUCCGAGAUGGUGGAGAGAAUUGUCAAGCUGCCUGGCUUUGUGCCCUCCAUCGUCCCCCUCGUCUCCUUUGCACCAGACAGAUGGAUGGACAGAGAGGCGGCGCCGCUGCUUAACGACGACGGCGUUGAUACCGGCGCCCGGCCCGUCUCCUUCUUCGACAUCUGGCCCGGGCUGAACGAGUUGCUGUGUUGUGAUUCGGAUGUGGAGGCGCUUGAACUUCCGCUCGCCGUCAUGGAACCGCUGACAUGCCAGUGGCUGUCCAAGUGCUUCAAGUUCACCAACGACCACUCCUCCGCCAUCAAGCGAUCCGAUAUGUACACACGAUACAUGGCCCACUGCCAAGAGUACGGCUUGAUUCCGCUGUCGCAGCGCGUGUUUGGCUGUCUGGUGCGCAAGACCUUUCCCAAGUGCGGCUGCAUCACCACUGCAUCCCUGGGCCUCUCCACCAUCUACACCGCAAUUGCCCAGCGAACACGCAUUCCCCCGCCUCCAAGAAACAUGCUGAAGUUGUCUGUGCCGCUGCCAGUAAUUGCAGAGGACCGAUUGCGCAAUCCGCCGCCGCCGCCCACAGCAGCGGAACAGCAGGGAGCGGGAACGCACACGAGAGGCGCAGGUGCAGGUGCAGGUGAUGGUGGGGAUGGAGAGACGUCAGGUGCUGUGGGUCAGCAGCAAGCGGGCCAGGGCGAACCGAAGCAGCACGAAGAGGCAACGACAGAGGAGGGUGAAACUGCCCCGAGCAAGCAACCAGGCAAGAGCGUGGCGGCAACUGUACCUCCAGCACCUGAAACAGAGCAGCAGCACGGCAAUAGUGGUGGCACAGCAGCAGAUGUAACGGCCAUGGACGAAACACGUGAUGAGACCGCCGAGGCAGGGGGGCAGGUGGAGGAAGGCAGCCGCCGCGAGGACGGUGCAGCAGACGUCCACGAUGCACAGGGAUCGAGUGCUGAGGCGUUAUCCAGCAGCGAAGCAGACGCGAACCCAGCGCCACAGCAGCAACAGUUGGAGGGGCAGAAGGAAAGAGUGGAUGACCAGCAGCGUGGCAAGGCGAUGGGGCCGGGUGAAGGUGACCAGGAGACAGCACCACCGGCAUCAACCACCACAGCAGCAUCCAGCGCACUGACGCCCGCGGCCAUUGCGCUGUUGUCGACGAAACUGCCACAGACGGACGGCGGUGGUGAUGGAGGUCAGGACGGCCCACCGACCCCGCAUGCACACAUGGGCGCAACCCGCACACCCUCUACACCAGGCACCCCCUUUGAUCCUUCCGUAUUCGAUGGUCGUCGACAUGUCCGCAAGUACACGCGCUACGUCAGGGCAUCGGACCUCGGCCACGGCGUCAAGUGUCCAAACCCGGACUGCACAAAACUCUACAAGCACGCAAUCUCCGUGUUCUACCAUCUCCUCAGCUCCCCAGAAUGCCUCCUCUCCCCUGAACGACCAGACCUGUGGACGGAGCAGACCUUCCCCACGAUUGAUCGCCAGUUCCUGGAGCACGUCUACCUCGACGUGCACAACCCGAACCACGUCCUCAAGUGCGAGUGGACCGGGUGUAAGCGCGCCUACCCGACCAUGCGCCAGCUGGUUGCGCACAUCUCGCGCCGCCACACGCCAGACAUCGGCGAAGGUCAAGUGUGCAUGUGGAACAACUGCGGCCGCGCUGGCAAGCGAACACAGGCAAUUAUGCACAUGUACUCGCACAUCAACAACAUCCCAUGGACACCGAGCAAUGACCCGGACAUCAACCGAGCUGCGUCGCCCCAGUUGCACGAUGCAAUGCCAAUGCAGAAAUUGCAUGAGCGCGCAAGCACCAGCUCCUUCAGUCUCCCGCCGCCACGCCGGUCCUCAACAGUCGCCAAACCAACACCAAAGCCGCCAGCCUCACGCGCCUCCAAAUCUCGCGCGCGCCUUCAUGCCACAGACAAGCUCAAGGCCUCCGCAUACGUCCCUUCCUUUGCUGCCCGCAAGGACGUCAAGAAGCAGCGGGACCGUGCUGAGAUGGCGCGGGAGAACGGGCGGGCGUGGCACGGCAGCACGUGGGCACAGGACCACCCCUGCGACUCUGUCGUUGGCCAGGGCGUCCGAUUUGCCGCUGCGCUCGUGCUGAGGAACAUCUCACGCGUCCAGUCCGCACGCCACGUCCUCCUGCCUUUCAUGGACACGCUCAUGAGCGAGGCAGCGCAGAAACAAGAUGUGUCAAAGGUGCUUGUUAACGUGCUGGAAGCACUCACAUGACCGACAAUCAUACGCACAUACACAUUCGGUGCGUGUUUUGUUUGCAAGAAGAGAAUGACCUGUACUGUCAGUGUUAAUACACCGCCAGAUUUGGCAAUGUAAGGAAUGCUUGCAAGCAACACUGCCAAAGACACACCAACCAAACAUAA